ACCGCACUUCCCAGAGCUUGGAGUCAAAACACACAAGCCACUAGGAGAGGCAGUCAAAGAGAAGGACAGUGAGGCAAGACGGAGGGGGAGCAGGCAGUUACAGGGAGUUUUUGUUCAGGUGCAACUUUUACUUGGUUGAGUGGGAUGUUCCAGUACUUGUUUUUCUCCUUCUGUAUCUAUGUCAAGUUACAGCCAAUAUCUUCAGUGGCCCUGGACCCUUGCUCUGCCUAUAUCAGCCUGAAUGAGCCUUGGAGGAACACUGAUCACCAGAUAAAUGGUUCCCGUGACCAGCCUACAUGCGAUAGCCACAUUGAUGGGGAGUGGUACCGUUUCACUGGCAUGGCUGGCGAUGCCAUGCCUACCUUCUGCAUCCCAGAGAACCACUGCGGGACGCAUGCCCCCAUCUGGCUAAACGGCAGCCACCCUAGGGAGUUGGAUGGCAUUGUCCAAAGACAAGCCUGUGCGAGUUUCAAGGGGAACUGCUGCCUUUGGGACACCACGAUUGAUGUUAAGGCAUGUCCCGGCGGGUAUUAUGUCUACCGCUUAACCAAGCCUAGUGUCUGCUUCCAUGUGUACUGUGGGCAUUUCUAUGAUAUCUGUGAUGUGGUGGAUUGCCAUGGCUCCUGCUUGGAUACCGGAGACUGCAUGUGUUCCUUGGGGACUACACUGGGACCUGAUGGACAGACCUGUCUUGAUGAGAAUGAAUGUGAACAGGAUAAUGGAGGUUGCAGUGAGUUUUGUGUGAAUCUGAAGAACUCCUAUCGCUGCGAAUGUGGAAUCGGGCGAACGCUGGGAAAGGAUGGUAAAACCUGUGAAGAAAUUGAAGGUUGCCACAAUAACAAUGGAGGCUGCAGCCACACCUGCAUUGCAGUGGAAGACACAUACCAGUGUGAGUGCCCCAGAGGGCUUGUUCUGUCAGAGGACAACCACAGCUGCCAAGUUCCAGUGCUGUGCAAGUCCACCUCCAUUGAGGUGAGCAUCCCCAAGGAUCUGGUUGGAGGGCUGGAUCUUUCUCUCAUCAAUGCUUCCUGCAAAGGAGUAUCCAAUGGCACUCAUGUCAACAUCAACUUCUCUUUGAAGUCCUGUGGCACUGUUGUAGAUGUAGCAAAUGAUAAAAUCAUUGCUACCAAUAUGGUGACUGGCUUGCCCAAGCAGACACCUGGCAGUAAUGGGGACAUCAUCGUCCGCACCAGCAAGCUGCUGAUCCCUGUGACCUGUGAGUUCCCCCGUCAGUACACCAUCUCUGAGGGCUACGUCACCAACCUGAAGAACUCCCCUCUGGAAAUCAUGAGCCGCAACCGGGGCGUCUUCCCCUUUACCCUCGAGAUCUUCAAAGACAAAGAGUUUGACGAGCCCUACAGGGAUUCUCUUCCCACCCUCAAGCUUCGUGACUCGCUGUAUUUUGGGAUCGAGCCCAUGGUGCACGUGAGUGGGCUAGAGACACUGGUGGAAAGCUGCUUCGCCACCCCCACCUCAAAAAUUGAUGAGAUCCUGAAGUACUACUUAAUUCAAGAUGGCUGUGUUUCUGAUGACUCCGUGAAACAAUACACGUCAAAGGAUCAUCUUGCUAAGCACUUCCAGGUCCCUGUGUUCAAGUUUGUGGGUAAAGACAACAAGGAAGUGUUCUUGCACUGCCGCAUCCUUGUGUGUGGCAUGCUGGAUGAGAGGUCUCGCUGUGCCCAGGGGUGUCGGAGACGAAUGCGCAGGUCAGCUGGGAUGGAGGAAGAGGAGGAGGAAACCAGUCACAUGGCAAACCAUAUCCUGACAGGUGGCCCCAUUAGAAUCGACAUGGAUGAGUAGCACUCUCUCACCAUCACAGUGUACUACCCAAGAACCUGCCCUCCCUCCCUACUGAGGUUUUGUCGCAUGGGUUUUGAUGAUGCAAAAAAGGUGUUUGGUAAAGCCCUGCAUGAGCCUAUUAUCUUGUUUCAUAACAGCCUGACGGUUAUUUACUUUUGUGAAGCUAUAUUAGACACAAGAGGCAGCCCCUCCAUAUGUAAUCUGAUCAGCUGUGUAAUACAGCUGUGCCUGCCUUCCUGUCAAUUAAAGGGAGACAUUUCAGUUAUAGGCCCAAAAUGUUAUCUGCCUUCAUUUUUCUGAUCUCCGUUUGCAAACUUCACAAUGUUUAAACACAUUUUGAACCAGGUCGCUAAUGCUUUAUUUUCCAAGGACAAUACAAACAGUGCCAGGAGCCCGACACACAUACUGAACAACUCCUGUGAUAAGGCUGUGUGUGCAGUGAGUAGGUGGAGAGUGUGACAUCAAGGUUCUGAAGGGUGGUUAUUAAAAUACAUAUAAAUAUAUAUCUCAAAUAUGCAGACUCCUUGAAGCUGUAAAAGAACAGUAAUAUGCAGCUAAAGCUCAGAAUUGUUGCAGGCAAAUGUGCAUAUUUUAAAAUAAUGAUUUCAUAAAAUUAGUUUUACAUUUUCCUCUGACAAUUACAUACAUUUUUUUCAAUAUUUUUCUCUCUAUUUACUGUAUCAUUUCUUCAUCUCUCUUCCCCCUAAUCCUGUCCCACUGCCCCACUAAUUUGGUGAUAUGUGGUGCAUUUUGUAAGUGGUGUGACACCUUAAUUGUAAAAAAAAUUAAAAAUCUCAAAACUAA